AUGACCUGGAUGAAUAAACAUCUACGCAAUUACAUUGUCACCAAGGUACAAAUUUCCACGUCUCUAGAUCUGGCAUUUUCUGAAGGAGGAACAUUUGAAUUUAAUACUAGUACUAAUCACUCGACCGGCUCAAAUCAGUCUGACAAUCCCUCCAUAGCACCAUACGAGCUCGCCCCGAGGGAAACUGGAGCACAACUCCUCCGCCUACCAAUUGAGGACUUUGUUCAGCGGUCCCUUCAAACACCCGGUGUAACCGAAGAGCAGGCUAAUGCAUUCCACCUCGAACUGUGGACAUUACAUCUCGAUUCUCAGCGGAAGCAGUCUAUCAAGACUAGCAACAAACAGGGCACAAAGUCGGAUCCACAGGACCCUCUUUCGUCAAGCCUGUCAAGUCGGGACCCAUCGAAGAAAACAGGGAUCUCAUUCACCGAUCCAAUUCGUCCGGGUAUGGCAGUGGUGUGUAAUCCACCCACGGAACUUCCCUUCCGCCACGAAGAACAGAAUAUAGCCGUUGUACUUUGGCCUUUGCACGCCGCUGGCGAGAACGUAAUUGACGUUUUGGGUCCUAAGGUCCAGCCUUCUCAGAAUGGAGAGAGUAAGUUUCUUUGCGCACUGGCUUUACCCAGUACGAUGGGCCAGUCUUAUGAAGUGCAUUUGUGGCGGCAGGUUGUUGUUCCGGUGCAGCAGAUGCUAUCCGAAGUUGUGCUAGAGUACGAUGCCGCGACGAGGUAUUAUUAUGUUAGUGCCUAG